CGGCGCCCGGCGGGAAACCCCUCCCCUGGGCAGCUGAGACUGGAAAGCUCCUGGGUAGGGCCGGAGCUGGAGGAAGACAUCAGAGUGUACUUGCUCGGACCCCCCCAACCGGGCCAUUCUCAUCCUCAGCUACUGGGAGUCGGAGGUAGCUCUGCCAAGAGGGAGGGUGAGGCUGCAUGUUUCUGGGUCCCAUCAGAGUAAUAACACUGGUACAAAAUGACAACCCUGACAAUGACCAAGGAUGUACUCCAGGAGGAGACACAGGCAGAGGAAGACAAUCUAGCAUUAUAUGAUUCGACAUCUGCCCACAUUAUUGAGGAAACGGAAUAUGUGAAAAAGAUUCGAACCACACUAGAGAAAAUCCGAUAUCAGAUAUUUAAGGAUGAAGGAGGUUAUAAGAACACAAAUCACAAACUAGAUGGAAAGCUCUACAGUCACAAUGCUGAGGAUGGACCUGUUUCCCAGGUGGAUACCUCUUGCCCCAGUUUUGAUCUGAUUAUGGAGAAAAUGAAAUGCAAAGACCUACAGCUCCUAGAAAUGAACAAAGAAAAUGAAGUACUGAAAAUCAAGUUGGAAGCCUCAAGAGAAGCAGGCGCUGCAACAUUGAGAAAUGUUGCCCAGAAAUUAUUUGAGAGCUAUCAGAAACAGUCUGAAGAACUUAGAAAAAAGCAUGAAGAUGAUAAAAAGUUACUACAGGUGAACAACCUUGAAAAAGAAAAGAAAUUUAAACAACAUGUACAAAGUUUGAAGCAAGUAACAAAAAGACUAGAAGGAAAGCAUAGCCACAUCACAGAGCUGGAAAACCUUGUACAGAGAAUGGAAGAGGAAAAGAAAUUACUGCUAGAAAGAAAAGCAUCUUUGCAAAUCAAGUUGGAGCAGCUCAGAGUGAACUCUAAAAAUGCUAAGAGUUGUAAGGACCUUCAGACAGAGAUUUCCACUCUCCAGAGGCAAAUUUCCUAUUUGCAGUUUGUGAUUCAUUCUCAGCAUCAAAACCUACGCAGUGUGAUCCAGGAGAUGGAAGGAUUAAAAAAUGAUGUACAAGAACAAGAUAAGAGGAUUGAAACUUUGAAAGAAAAGGUGAACACCCUUGAAGCUCAGAAUAAAGACCUAAAGAGCAAGAUUGAAUUUUGGUCAGACAAUUCCAGGAUCAAAGUAUCUAAAGGAGUCUCCACAAGUGAAUUCAUGGCUGAAGACACCUCUCCCUAUCUGAUGCUAAUUAGACUACGGAAAUAAACUGUGAACAUGUAUUGAAUUAUGGGAGCUCCAGACUCUGAAAGACUCCUUAUUAUGAUGGCCUCUGUUUCUGAACUAUUUACUAUUUAAUAUAUUCAAAAAACAUAGUCUAAAUGAGAAUGUUAAUUUGCUGCUGUAUCUGAUCUUCCAAAGGUUACCCAGGGAUAGCUUCUAUAAAGAAAUUUCCUUUGCUUGGUGGGAAGAGAAUGCUCGGAGCAGUCAGACAUGCAUUUGAGGAACAGCACUCCUUCCCCAGUGCUGGGAUUUUACCAUCCUGAACUAAUAGGGAAAUUUGCUUCUUCCCCAUGGAAAAACACUUGAUUCUCUUUUCAAACUUGGUGUACUGGAUGUAAAAUAGAACCUCGUAUAUUAUAAUUUCAAAUUAC